GUGUCUAAAAAAAACUCUUUUCUAGGGACGAUGCCGUGUCUAAGGCGCAUGUGUGAUAUUGGUAGAAGGAUGGGGAGAGAGAAGAAAAAAAAAGGGGGGGGGGGUGGCAACGCCGAAUGACUCGCAUGACCUUCCUGACCGACCUAGCUAGCUAUCCAUCGAUGGUUAUUGUAGAUUCUGCAGCCUCGAACGCGCAAGUCUAGAAGGCGUUAUUUCCGAGAGAAAGAAAAAAAGAGAAAGAGCAAAAGGGGGGGCAGGGUAGGGUAGGGUAGAGAGAAUAGGGGAGGGUUUGAGGUUGAUGACAUUUCUCUCCUAGGUGCUCAGCAAAGCGGAAAUGCGAUGGAACACUACCACGUUCCCGCAGCAUCGUCACUGCAUAGUAAAUAAAACAUGCAACCUGCGCGCCCUCCGAGAAAAGGCGAAUCAAAUUGUUGGAUACAAGUCGACCGAUGAUCCUUACGUACUCCGGGCCGAGAAUCUGUUUCUCUUCUUCCCUUCAGGGGUUACCAGGGAUGGCAGACAGGAUGGUAUGGAAAUACGACAAUUCUUCCUUUCGUUCGAGUGCACACAGUCCUAUCGCGUGCCCAACAAGGCUCUGUGAUGAAUCGCAAACGGAAGUCAAACGGGACUCGUUGGGCGGACGAGACAUUCUCAAUGAUCUCCAUCCAAAAUCAAUCGACGAUGGAAUGAACCAGGGUGGGGGAGGGGGAGGGGGGGGGGGAGGGUCGGUGCUGAUGAGAAAAAGAGUAGCAACGAAUACCUGUUAUACACCAGCGUCCGAGUUGGAGAGAUCUAGACUUGGUCGAAUGAGGAAAGCCAGCGGCGACAUAAAACCCUCUCAUGGUGACCAAGAAGGCGUCUGGGAUGUUGUAGGAUAUCCCGGCAAUAUGACACCAUCUCGUUCCAUCCUGCCGCGCAAAGUGGUAGUCGAAUGUAUUAGCCACCGGCUAGCCACCGGCGGUUGUUCCCGAGUAAAGCGUCUGUCUGGUCAGCACCUCCGAGAUGAUAUGCGAAGAUUAUGGAGUUUCUCUAGAAUACCGAGAUCACCCUAUCGUGCACGCGGCCACCGGGGAGACUAUCCGAUGUAGUAGAAAAGGACAAAUGGGCUGGCCGUUGUCUCGCGUGUCGGAAAUUGUACCUAUCGUCUCGUGGGGUUCUCCUGCAUAUCCAGCAGUCCUCCUCGGAUAGCGCGUGGUCUGAGAUGUAGUCUG